GUGGCGCUGCUCUGCCCCUGGCGCUCUGUAUCCGGGGCUCGCUCGGUGGUUCUCGCAGACUGUAACCGGUUCCUGACAUCCAGCCGGGUCCCGGAGACACCAUGGCUGUGAGCACUGGAAUUUCUCUGGCGUUGUCCUCCCUGAUCUCCCUGCUGCUCUUUGCUGGGAUGCAGAUGUACAGCAGGCAACUUGCAUCCUCAGAGUGGCUCACCAUACUUGGAGGAUUGCUGGGAUCAGGAGUUUUCUUCUUCUCAUUAAUUGCAUUUAGUAACCUGGAGAACGUUGUGUUUGGGAAAGGAUUCCAGGCGAAGAUCUUCCCAGAAGUUGUCGUUUGCCUGUUUAUUGCGCUUUUUGCCUCUGGUCUGGUACACAGAGUCUGCGUGACAACCUGCUUCAUUUUCUCUCUGGUGGACCUCUACUACGUCAACAAGAUCUCCUCUGGACUCUACCAGACAAUGGCACCGGCUGUUACACCUGGCAAGGUGAUUGGAAAGAGCAAGAAAAGGAACUGAUUUUGGUUUCUUCACUUGAGCCCCACUUAGCGAGAGUGGGCCCCAUGUACAUUCCACCUUUAUUCUGUCUGUCCCUGGGAAAUAAAGUGUUCUUUCUAA